UGUUUGUGUCUAACUUUCAGGGCAUUCCUCUACGUUGUCCGCAUAAAAUCCGCCGUUUCCCUUCAUUCUAGAAUUAGAGAAAGUCUUUUCGUCAUUUAAAAUGAUGAUUUUUCCAUUGGCAAAUUGUUGGCAAGUAGAGAGUAUUCGCGGCACUUAAGUCUUUUUCGUUAUUUAACCCUUAAGUACCAUGGCGGGGUCAAAUUUGACGUUUUGUAUGCUAAGUUUCGCUACCUACCGAAAUACGAGUAUUUAUGGCGCGCUGCGACCGGUAGGUGAUUUAUCGAUCCACAAAAAUUCCAUUGAUUUAUCUGUUACCACUGCAGAGUCAAGAACUUAUUAAGGACCAUUUGACUCGUGGAGCUCAGCACGUCUACCGAGAGAACUUCCUAGUGUCAUUUUUAAAAUUUCCGGACUUCAGGAACCACUGGCGGGGAAGGUGUAAAAUAUGGCCAUAUUCUAAAAAUCAAAAGAAAGCUCAUCGUGAGAUAAAUGUCGAGAGUUUAUUUGCAAAAAUAAUGCCUGCACGAAGACGUUAUGAAUAAGUUGUGAUGAAAAGU